UAUCCGAAUAUGUAACAUCGUUUCUGCGGAAUAAAAUUCGUGGAGUCAGUACGGUUUCACGACUCGCCAUCAGCGAAUCAUUAUUCAUUCCCCUGUCUGUACGGAUAGAAAAUCGGAAUAAUUGGAGAAGAUAAAUAAAUGGAGUAGUGCUUCGUAUUUUUUCAUGAUUAUUCUCCUCGUAUUAUUAUCGGAAAUAUUGUUUAAAUAAAUAAAAAUGCGACUUUGGCUGAAGCUAGGGAUCGCUGGGGGGAGUCUUUUUAUGUUCGGUACUCUUUUCGGGUUUGCCAUUUUUCCACCGUUUCUCAAGAGCCAACUGAAGAAGCAAGUGACGUUAAAACCGGGAGGAGAUGUGAGAAAGAUGUGGGAAGUUGUGCCCUUCGGUAUUGACUUCCGAGUUUACCUCUUCAAUAUCACCAAUCCUGAUGAGAUUAAGACGGGAGCCAAGCCAAUAGUCAAAGAAGUUGGUCCAUUCUUCUACGAGGAAUACAAGGAGAAGGUCGACAUAGUAGACAAUGAAGAAGAGGAUACCGCUGAGUAUUCUAACAAAGUGACAUGGAAGUUCAAUCUUGAAAAGACUGGAGCAGGUCUCUCGGAAGAAACUGUGAUAACUUUCCCCCACCUCAUGAUACUCUCCAUGAUCAUGACAGUCCUCAGAGAAAAACCCGGAAUGAUAGGUUUCGCUGCUAAAGCCGUGGACAGUAUUUUUCACAAGCCAGAUUCAAUAUUUUUCAAAGCGACAGUUAAAGAAUUCCUCUGGACAGGCUUGCCAGUGGAUUGCACAGUUCAAGACUUGCAGGGGAAAGCAAUUUGCUCACUUCUUGCUGAGAAUGAAGGGGCAUUCAUCAAAGAAGGCCCCCAGAGAUACAGAUUCGCACUUCUGGGUGCUAAAAAUGGUACAGUUGUGCCAGACAGGAUAAAAGUGAGGCGAGGUCUGAAAAAUUACCUCGAAGUGGGUGAAGUAAUUGAAGUAAAAGGAGAAAAAAAGCAGAAAGUCUGGGCAGAGAAUGGACCCUGCAAUGACUACCAGGGAACGGAUACCACCAUUUUCCAUGCGCUUCUCUAUGAAGAUGAGGAUGUUGUCUCUUUUGCUACAGAUUUAUGUAUCAGUCUACCAGCUUAUUACCGGGCACCUUCCAAUGUUAAAGGUAUUCCUACGAAUCAAUACACCGCGGAUUUUGGUGACAUGAAUAAAGAUGAGCACCUGAAGUGCUUAUGUCCAGCUCCAGACAAAUGUAUGAAAAAGGGUUACAUUGACCUCUUUCCCUGUCUGGGUGCUCCUAUGAUCGCCAGUCUCCCUCACUUCUACCUCGCCGAUCCGAUUUACUUGAGCCAAGUUGAUGGUCUCCGUCCGAAAAAGGAAGAUCAUGAGAUUUUCAUGAAUUUCGUGGCUUUGGCGGGGGCUCCUAUAGAAGCUGCCAAACGGCUACAAUUCAGUAUGUUUAUUCAACCAGUUGAAAAGUUCAAAUUGAUGAAGACUUUUCCAAAUGCACUUCUUCCGCUAUUCUGGGUGGAAGAGGGUGUUCUCUUGGAUGACGAAUACCUGGCUCCGCUCAAGAUGCUAUUUACGAUGAUUACCAUCGUUAAUGUUAUGAAAUGGUUGAUGAUGGCUGGAGGUCUUGCAUUGGCUGGCACCUCUGGUUUCCUCAAGUACAAAGAGAUGCAGGCAUCCCAAAAGCUCACUAUCACGAAGGUAUCUCCCAAAGUCACUGCGAAUGGAAAUGCGCCAGGUAGCACUGAGAAAAAAUGGCCCCUGAACGUAUCCACGCUGCAAUCACAAAAUGUACCCGGCAUUGACAAUUGAUCACCGGGGACCAAUCAGAAAGCGAGUGGAGAACAACAGUUACUCGAGUUUUAUCUGUCAAAAUUGUGCGUUCAUUGAAAAAAUUAAGAAUUUCAUUGAAAUCAUUUGGCCAUUAGAAUAUUCCCUGACAGACGAGACGGAGAUAAAUUAAUCUGUAUAAAUUUCGAACGAAUGGAACACGAGUUGGGAUUAACGAUAACGAGUUGGGAUUAAACUAUAACGGUUUUAAAUAAUGAAUAAUAAUAUUCGACUUUCUAUAUUUAUACUUUUGGUCUCGUCACAAAUUCAAUAUGAAGUUAGAAAAUGUAUUUGCAGGCAUGCAGAGUAAAAAGUGGAUAGUUAUCCACGAGUUUGCAAUAAAUUUCUGUUUUUUGCAGAUUUUUUUGCAGAAAUCCACAUCAAAAAUGGCUCUGCGCUCGACAAUCCAUAAAAACCAAUGAAAUCACAUUGUUGAUUGCAUGAAACAACCGAUCCUUCAACUCUCCGUCUGCUACUUUCAGUGUAAAGCACCAUCUUUUCUGCUAUCUCGGUUAAGCAGAACUUUUCCUCGUAAACUUUUCAUCGCCCAAAGUUUCGGUACGGACAAGCCAGCAAUUUGCAUGCAGUAAAAGAUUUGAAGCAUUAUCUGAUCGCCAGGCGCAGGAUGUCAGACAUUUUGGUAACUUCUAAAUUGGAUUAAAAGUUGCGAAUUAAAAUUUUACUCGUGUCAUGGUUGUUGUGUCAUGGAAAUAAUAACCGUUAACAGAAUAAUUAGCGGAAAGAUUUCGAGAUUUCUUGGAAAUAAUGUUUGGUUUAACACUUGUUGCGUACAUUACCAUUACGAAUUAUUUUGUACCACCUAAAUUUCCCGAAAUUAUUCUAUUCAAAAUGUACGCAUGCGUUCCAUUAUAAAUUUUAAGUAGAAACUGUUGAUUUCACCUGAAAUAUCAGAUUGCACUUGAAAGAAGUAAAAAGCAAAAUGAUUCGUCUAUUUUUUUAGAAAUUCUCAAUCGCAAUUAAUUUCUCCUUUCAUGUUUUCCCGGUACAUCACAUUGUCGGAAAUAACAAUCGAAAGGUUUUCAGGUCCCAUAGAAAUUCUUUAUUGCAGACUUAUAAAGCACCCCACGAAUUAAUUUCUACGAGUUAUAUUCAUAGCCAAUUAAAUCUACUCUCAAUCCAUAGAAUAAUUUUUCUUGUUUCCAGUUUUAAAGUGCGUAAAUAAUUGAAGAAUGAAACACCGCUCAUGAAAUGGUGUGUCUUAUAAAAUUUAACAUUGAGUUCAAGCAACAGAAAUAUCUAAUGAAUAUUCCAUCAUGAAUUUGUGUGUGUGUGUUGUAUCAGCACCAUCCAACAAUAAUAUUGCUCUGCAAUUUAUUUAUUCAUUCCUCGUCUAAUUAAUGUAACUCAUCUACUCAAAUUAGAUCGCUUAAUGUUGUGUCUUCAUGAAAAAGUGAUACAAGUGAGUCAAAUAAAAUAUUUAUGUGUAAUAAUAAAUAUCAAUAAAUGAAAGAGGCGGGAAAUUAUCGAAUUGGAAAGAUUGCUGUUCAAUCUUGAAAAUGUUUAUCUCGAAGUUUACCAAUGAAUUUAUAUACACCAUUGUUCCUUUAUGUUUACAUAAUAAAAUCAUUAAUUCUAAUUGCAUUGAACGUAAAAUGUUCGAUCGGAAAUGAUUCAGUGGAUAUAUAUUCGCUGAAUCAAUCACUAACAUCAAUAAAAUUAUGAAUAAAAAAUGUUAAAAAAU